AUGGCGUCGGUAACUUUUCGCGACGGGUUUCUCUGCGUUUCUGCUUUAAUUACCUUCGUGUUCGUAUUUGUUACCGGCGCAGAUUUUGUCCGUUUUGUGUCGUUUCGUGCCAUCAAUCAUAACCUGAGCGGAGCCGCGCCUCUGUGUCGAGACUCUGUGCCCUGGUCUGUGGCUCUGCGGGAUGGGGUGGUUCAGAAGGCAGUGGCUGUGGAUGUUCUCCUUCUGGUCGUCUUCAGCCUCCAGCACAGUCUGCUGGCCUGGACUCCAGUGAAGAGAGUCUGUCAGAGUGUGUUUGGGGUUUUGAGCAGAUCUGUGUAUUGUUUCACCACCGCCGCUGCACUGCAGAUAUUAAUGCACUAUUGGCGCCCGGUCACCAGCGCCCCCUGCCUGUGGUCAGUGAGCAGUGCACCAUGGGAAAUCUGGUUCCCGCUCAUCUGUUUUAUAGUACACUUCUUGUGCUGGGCUAUAAUCUGCAGCAUCCUGCUCAUCUUUGACUAUCCAGAGCUACUGGGCAUCAAACAGGUGUAUUAUGAGUGUUUGGGUCUGGGUGACCCUCUGCUGCUGAAGUCUGAGCGUGCGCAGCGUCUGUACUCUCACCUCCGUCAUCCAGUGUGUGUGGAGCUGCUGACGGUGCUGUGGCUCCUGCCCUCCUUCCCGCUGGACCGACUCCUGCUGGCCGUGUUCCUGACCGUGUAUCUGAUCCUGGCGCACUCGCUGGACAAGCAGGACUGCGCUUACCUUCGGCACCAGCUGCGCAACAAACUGCAGCUCUUCUCCACACCACUAGAGGGCAGCGAGCAGACAAAUGACAACAAUAAACUAGAGUGA